AUGGACAGGGAGGACAGAAUGAACCUGGACCUCAAAGUAGUCAGCCUGGGAGGCCCCAGUGCAAGACGACCACAGGGGUGUUUCUUCACUUCUUCAUCCUGGUGUAAGAGAGUCUGGGACAUGGGGCUCCAGAAACUGCGAAGUAAAGGCCUUGGUCUGAAGCACAUGACUGCAGGUCACAGAGCAGAGGAGGCCCAGGCAGUGCCAGCAAUCAAGUCCACUCCCUCUUCCUCAUCCUCUUCCCCCUUGUCUCCUCUGCCUCCUCCUCUUGAAGAGGAGGAACCAAGGACUUUGCAACCUUGGCUAGACAUUGGGCUCUUGCUUAGAGAUGCCAUAGAGAAUAAGGUGGCUGCUCUGGUGGAGUUCCUGCUCCUCAAGUAUAGAACAAAGGACCCAAACAGAAAAGCAGAAAUGUUAAGUAGUGUCAUCAAAGAGUACAAGGACUACUUCCCUGUGAUCUUUAACCAAGCAUCUGAGUUCAUGCAGCUGGUCUUUGGCAUUGAUGUGAAGGAAAUGGAUCCUACCAGCCACUCCUAUGUUCUGGUCAACACCUCAGGCUUCAUCUACAAUGGGAUGUUGAAUGAUGAGCAGAGUAUGCCCAAGACUGGCCUCUUGAUAAAUAUUCUGGAUGUGAUAUUCAUUGAUGGCAACUGUGCCCCCGAGGAGGAUCUCUGGGAAGUGCUGAGCAUUAUGGGAGUGUAUAAUGGGAAGGGGCACUUCAUAUAUGGAGAGCCUAGGAAGCUCAUCAUGAAAGAUUGGGUGCAGGAACAGUACCUGGUGUACUGGAAGGUGCUCAACAGUAAUCCUGCAUGCUAUGAAUUCCUGUGAGGUCCCAGAGCCUAUGCUGAAACCAGCAAGAUGAAAGACCUGGAUAUUUUGGCCAAGGUUAAUGAUACCAUACCCAUGACCCUUCCUAUCUUGUAUAAGGAGGCUUUGAGAGAUGAGGAAGAGAGAUCUCAAGCCAGACUUUUUGUCAGUGACAAUGGGGCAGCCAGGACCAGGGUCUGGGCCUAUUCUAGAGCCACAUUUGGCAGUUUCUGUUGCCCUAAGUGA